UAACUCAACAGCAAUUCGCCGCAAAAUUGACACCAGCUAAGGAAUUAAUACAAAUCAUAUUCCUCAUUUAUCAACAGACCGUUGAGGAAAGCGUUAGUUUUUGUCACUCAAACAUUGAAUAAAUAAAGUAGAGAAAAACCCAAAAAAAAGAACAAAAACAAAAUAAACCUCAUUGUGUCUGACGACUAAGAUCGAUUAUCUUUAAGAACGUUUGUGGUGUUAUAUGGGGAUGAAUGAAAGUCGCUGAUAACUCUGAAAGUGAUUAAUUAUUACGUAGAAUUAUAAAAAGAGAAAAAAGUAUAAAACUAAAAUGGUUUUAAAAACAAUUUGCUUGAUUUUAAGUGUCACGGCUCUAAUAGGAUCUGGUAUUUAUGUUCGUGCCCAAGAGGAGGCUGACAUUGACUAUGACAGUCCAAAUUCCAUUGAUGAUCAUAAUGUUAAAGCCACUGAAAAUCGUUUGGCUGCUCAACUGUAUGCCGUUUUGGAACAUUAUAAACAAGAAGAUCCUCUAGGUUUUCCUGGUGCUCCUAUACCUGAUCCCAUGGAUGUACCAGAUAUGAAAAAAAGUCUUGGCAUGGCCACCUUAACAAUGAUGAAGGUUAAGGCUUAUGGUUUAUCGAAAUUUCGUAUUGCCAGCAUUAAUGCCGAUCUGAAAGCAAUGAAGGUAUGUACAUAUAUACAAGGUGUAAAACAGUGUAAAAAAAGAGAUAAUUGAAUAUGAUUAAACAGU